CUCUCUCUCUCUCUCUCUCUCUCUCUCUCUCACUCACGCACCCACUCCAAAAGAGCAGAGCGGUGCCGGCCUUUUCUCGCUCCCAAAUUGCUGCUUUUGGUGACGUUUUUGGGAGGCCAUGAUGAGAGAAACAGAGAUGGUGGUCGAGAGGAGAGAGAGAUCGAGAGACAGAGAGGAGCAGAGCAGUACUCUCUCCUUCUGUCUUUCUCUCUCCUUUCCCCGUUUGUCUUUGGCGUCCGAGCCUGACGUCACCAAAGGAGGGCCUGUCGCGUGUGGAGCGAGCAGCAUCGCAGCGUUCCCCCUCCCCUGGCCGCUGGGUGGACCCGCGGCCGUCGAUGGCUUCGUUAGGCUUUGCAUCAAGGGUGGAGUCACUCCUCCCUCGAACAACCCCCCGAAACGUACGUGACGAGACUUCCCAUUGCCGCUCCUAAUGGCUGGAGCGUGAAGAGUGAUCUUGAUCUCUGUCAAGACAUUGAAGAACCACGCGUGCACUAAUUGCGCGGUCAAAGCUAGAUGCUUUUCUACACAAAUCAAUUGCUCUCCUUGCGUAGCAGAACUCUCUCUAGAUUUGACUGGGGAUUCAGUCAACCUAGGUCGCUGUAAUCCCCAUUGUAGUGGACCUCCGAGGAUGCUUAGAUUCUCGCACAAAGCUUAUCCCAUCUUCUUGCUUAAGUACAUUACGGUGAGGUGAUGAUAUAUUUGCUCAUCUUUAGGACAGAGUAUGGACGAAUGAGCAGCCCUCCCUGUUCAUUCCUUUGAUUAGAACUGUGCUCUGUCUCUCUCUUGCUGCCGCUGCUGCAACGACUCUGCGACAGUUCCCCUGAUUCCGUGUAGUGCUCGUCUUUCUCUGCUCCCCUUCCUAAAGCUGCCACAACACUCAGCAGAGCAGACCAUGAGUUAAAGAAGCCGCUUUGCUUCGUAAAGAAAACAAGAUAAAGAAGGAAAACGCAUGACGUAGGAAUGGGAUUAAGGAAAAGAGAUCGACGACGAUUAUCAAUGGAUGGUAGAAUAGGAUUAGCCAAGGGUAUUUGAAGAGAGAGAGAGAGAGAGAGAGAGAGAGAGGUGAAUCAUGGCGUCUUCCAUCGACGAAAGGUCGGUAUCUUUAUGGCGAAAAGAGGGAAUAAAAAGAUAAAAAGGAGUGCACUGAAUUCGACUACUCAUUGCAAUGCUGCUAUAGUUUCGCGUGCUUCUUUGGCUGCCAACAAAAAUUUCGACCUUUUCUUACAGCAGCGGGUGGCCCUCCUCUCUUCCUCCUCCCCUUCCUCCCCCCACCGACGGCGACCAUUGGAGGCCCACGUCGCUCCCUCCCUCUUAUAUAUCUCUAUCUCUCGCCGCAGCUUUAUAAGCCGGCCCACUGCAAACAAGUUACAGGUCUUGGUGCUUACCACUGCGUCUGCAAUCGAUUGAUUCCUUCUCAGUGAACUUGGACAAUUUGGUAUCUUGCUACUUUGGCUUCUUCGGACCUAACACUUGUUCGAUUUCAUUUCGUUUUCUGCUGGCCGGACGCACGCUUCUGUGCUCAGAAGUCGGUGCUUCUGGAGUAAAGAUGAGAGUUUCAGCUUAAAGAUGGGAUUUUGAUGCUGCAUUUUUCAUCCUGCCGGGACGGAUAUCGCUGAUGCUCGGGAGAUGCUUCUUUCCGAGAAAAGAGCGGUUCUGUGCUUGAAGAUGUAAAGUGGAUGAUGCUAAAGUGGUGUCCUCCGAAUGCUAAUGCUGUUGAAGUAUGUUCAAUGGGCUAUUGCUUCUGGUGUUUGGAAUGUGACACCACUGACUUCGUGUUAGGGUGUUUUAAGGGAGGUUUUCGGUUCACGGGAUGAAGAGCGCAGCGUGGAGGUUCCUCUUCUGUUGCGGGGAGAGGCUGUUGUUGAGCAUUCUGCCUUCAUUUUUGCCUCAAUUCAAGUUAAUCUUCUAAGAUUGCUGGUUGAAGAUGUCUUCCGUUCAAGCAAAUGUCCGAGCCGCCGGUCUAAACAGCGCUGCAGCACUGCUAGAUGAAAUGAAGCUCUUGGGUGAAGUUCCAAGCAAGCCAAGUGCAAGAAAGGUGUUAAAUUCUGAGCUUUGGCAUGCCUGUGCUGGACCACUUGUAUCAUUGCCUCAACCUGGCAGCCUAGUAUACUAUUUUCCACAGGGACACAGUGAACAGGUGACUGCUUCAACUAGAAAAAUAGCAAACUCACAGAUUCCUGCCUACACAGAUCUCCCAUCUCAAUUGAUGUGCCAAGUUCACAAUGUUACACUACAUGUGAGUAUAGCUGACAAGGAGACGGAUGAAAUAUAUGCUCAGAUGACCCUUCAGCCAGUAACUUCUGAAAAUGAUGUCUUUCCUAUUCCAGAUCUAGGUCAUACUAGAUGUAAGCACCCGACUGAGUUCUUCUGUAAGAUUUUAACUGCAAGUGAUACUAGCACACAUGGUGGAUUCUCAGUACCUCGAAGGGCUGCUGAAAAGCUAUUUCCACAGUUGGAUUAUUCAAUGCAACCUCCAAAUCAGGAACUUAUUGUCAGGGAUUUGCACGAUAACUUGUGGACAUUUCGACACAUAUAUCGUGGACAGCCAAAGAGACAUCUUUUGACCACUGGAUGGAGUCUGUUUGUGGGUGCAAAAAGGCUUAAAGCUGGUGAUUCUGUUUUGUUUAUCAGGGAUGAGAAGUCACAGCUACUCUUGGGUGUUAGACGUGCCAACCGUAAACAAACAGCCCUAACAUCAUCUGUACUUUCCACUGACAGUAUGCAUAUUGGUGUCCUCGCUGCAGCAGCUCAUGCUGCAGCAAAUAGGAGCCCAUUCACUGUGUACUAUAAUCCUAGAGCAUGUCCUUCUGAGUUUAUAAUUCCUUUAACCAAGUAUCAUAAAGCUGCGUAUACCCAGGUAUCAAUUGGGAUGAGAUUUGGCAUGAUGUUUGAAACUGAGGAGUCAAGUAAACGCAGAUACAUGGGCACAAUUGUAGGUAUCAGUGAUUAUGAUCCUGUAAGAUGGCCUAAUUCAAGGUGGCGAAACCUGCAAGUGGAAUGGGAUGAACAUGGUUAUGGAGAACGACCUGAUAGGGUCAGCUUAUGGGAAAUUGAAACCCCAGAAAGUCUUUUUGCAUUUCCUAAUGUAACUUCAAGUUUAAAAAGACAAUGUCUUCCUGGAUAUGUAGGUCCUGCAAUAAACAAUCAUUUUGUAAAUUUGAAACCAUUUCCAAAGCCAACUGAAGAUGGCAAUGUCGACACACAGCACUUCUUCGCCGGCCUUGGGUCAGAAAAUCUUUUAAGGCUUCUUAACAAGCCUUGUAAUCCUAAUCGUGAUGGCCUGCUUGCACAUCACCAGUCCAUAUAUGCCAGUAUUUUGCAGAAUGUUAGAAAUAGUGAACUCUCAAGAAGCUUCUCAGUAACUAUGCCACCACUGCAUACAGUGGGAAGUUCUACUCAGCAGGAAGUAGUCACCACAGCAGCAAUGCAGCAGAAACAACAUUUCUCUCCACAACAAGGUAUGGAUCCUUUGCAAAAUGUUGUAUCACAAGAACAUAGGCUUUAUUUGGUGCCCACCCAGGGCAUUAAAUUAGAUUUCGUAUCAGGGACACAAGUGAAGUCCCAAGUAUCAGAUCGUGAGGAAGCACGUCCAGCAGAGCAUGAACAAAAUUUUCAAGAUCAUAAUACACGAGGUGAGAAUGGAAUCAACCUACAGGGGAGUGAAGAUGCAUCAUUGCAAGAAUCCAUUCCUCAGCAGUCAGAGGUGGCUUCUGUGGCAUUUCCUGGAGAUUUGGAUAGUCAAUCGGAUGGUAUGAUCAAAACACUUUCCCAUGACAUGCUGGCAGAACACAUGGACCAAUUGUCAAAACAUCAAAAUGGUGAAUCUACAAGUACAGGCCCAUUUGAUCGUGUGAAUCUUGCAGCUCAGAUAUCUGCCAAUCCAGCCCUACAAGUGAAGGAACAGAGUGAUCACAAACUUGUUCAGCAGCAGAAUGAUCCAUCUAGAACACAGUCUCCUGGGUUACAUGCAGCACAAUCAUCGGACAUGUGUAAUCUAAAUUACUUACUUCCACAUCAGGACUGCUCGCAUCCUAUCUUGGAUAAUGAUGAUUGGAUGACGCAGCAUUCAUGCCUUCAAUCCUUUAUGGGUUCAUCAAAGACUCCAGAAUUUCCCUAUAUUAACAGUAAGCUGGAUUCCUUUUAUCUCUCUGCAGCCGAAAAUGCUACAACUUCCUCUGCAGAUAUAUCUUCUAUGGCAAAUCCCAACAGUUUUGAGCCCACAGAGACAUUUCAGCUCUCUUGCAUUUCGGAUUCAGGAACACCCCAGCGCAUCACAACAGAUAUUCAAGAAUUUUUAGGCACACAAUUAAACUCGCUAGAUGAUGAGCUGCUUGUCCAAGGCAUCCUUUCAUCUGAGGUUCACAACUUAGAUGUUCAAGGAGACUGCACUGUGUUGCAGGGUGUAUCUAACCCAUAUGGGGUAAUGGACUUGUCCGAGGAGAGCAACAACCAGGGUGAGACAAUUAGCAAUCUCCGUUUCGACCCUAGCAAUGAAAGCAUGGAUAUGGGCCAUGUUCCAGGUGUGGCCAUAGACGGCCUCAGUCCAAUAGGAUCUUCCAGGUUUCAAAUUCCUUCAGUGAUGCCUGUUUGUAAUUUCACUUCAAAUCAGGAAUCAAUGUCUCACAUUACUUCAAAAAGAAUGACAGACUCAGUAUUCUCGCUACAAGAUGUCCAUGACAGCUCUGCAGGUACAUCAUCUGCCAGCAUAGCUACAAAUGAUUACAGCUUAUACCGAGGUUCCAGGAAGCCAGCAUGUCAACAACCUUUAAGAACAUACACUAAGGUUCAAAAAGUAGGAUCUGUUGGAAGAUCAAUUGAUGUAACACGCUUUAGCAAUUAUUGUGAAUUGAGAUCUGCAGUUGCCUGCAUGUUUGGAUUAGAGGGACAACUGGAUGAUCCACGAGGUUCAGAAUGGAAGCUUGUUUAUGUAGAUUAUGAAAAUGAUGUUCUUCUGGUUGGGGAUGAUCCAUGGGAGGAGUUCAUAAGCUGUGUCAAAUGCAUCAGAAUUCUAUCACCUUCUGAAGUGCAGCAGAUGAGCCAGGAAGGCAUGCAACUGAUGGAUGGUUUUGCAUGAACCAUCAAGUAGAAGCACAGACAUCUCUCAAGACAUUGCUCGCGAUGACCAUGCAGCUCGGAGAAUGAAGCAAAGACAUCUAAUGUUUCCCAAUGAACUAUUUGUAUUUUUUUCUCUCGCGUCCAUCUUGUAUAUUAUUUGCUCUUUUUCGUUCAAGUGAGAAAAGGUUGUGCUUUUUGGAAAGCUUCAUGUAAUGAAGCAUUUAUCUCGCGAUCACUUGAAGCCCAUAAAUGAUGGCUAUUGUAUGGAAUGUAAAACCUAAACGGUUUAAUUGGUGUGGGUUUUAGUGUAGCAGUGGUUCCCUACUGUUAUUUCUUUCCAAAGAAAAGAAAGGAUGUCACUAAAUGGAACAAUGCUGUCAUGUAUGAAUGUUCAUGUAUCCAUUCCCAUGUUUGCUUCAAAA